GUGCCUCCAUGCUCUGAAGGUGGGCUGGAAGGUGUGCUGGGCAAAAGCAGAGGAGGAGGAGGAGCAGAGACACAUGGCCUUCCUCUCCCACGACAUCAGCAUGCUGCGGCUCUUCGAGACCUUCCUCGAGAACACCCCGCAGCUCACCCUGCUCCUCUACAUUAUCCUUCAGACGAACAAGGCUGAGAUCUCCCAGGGCCUGGGGAUUGGCACUGCGCUCCUGUGUGUGUCCUGGUCUCUGUUGGACUACCACCAGUCCCUGCGCUCCUUCUUGCAGGACAAGUACGAGCUGAGCCGGGGCUCCUCCAUCAUCUACUUCCUGUGGAACUUCUUCCUCAUCUGUCCCCGUGUCCUGGCAGUCGCCCUCUUCGCCCUGCUCUGGCCCUACGGUGUGGCUGUCCACUUCCCACUCGUGUGGCUGGCCAUGUUCCUCUGGGUCAGCCUGCAGGGCACAAACUUCAUGGAAUCACCUGGCCCUGAGCAGCUUUACCGGGCCAUGGUGGCCGUGAUCCUCUACUUCAGCUGGUUCAACGUGGCGCAGGGGAGGACGCUGCACCGCAGCAUCAUCUACCACAGCUUCAUCCUGGUGGACAGUACACUGCUGGCCCUCUCCUGGCUUUGGGGCCAGGCCCCCUCUGAGGACCACUGGUACCUCCUCCCAGUGGUCUCUGCCGCCCUGCCCUGCUACCUGCUGGGACUGGGGCUGAGGGUCACCUACUACAAGUGGCUGCACCCCAACAGGCAGGUGCAGCAGGAGGGUGGCUAUGACGAGGUGGAUGCCGAUGGAGGGAGUGAUGAGCUGGAGUUUCGCUCGUUCUCUGAGCCAGACCUUGUGAACAGACGGAUGCAGUGCCUGGCCCAGAUCCAGUUCCCUGUCUCCCAGCUGGCACGGCAGCGCUUCCUGAAUGGGGCUGCUGCCCUAGAGUCUGCUGCCUGAGGGCAGCUCCUCCAAAGGGACAUGCAGGGGAGGUCUAUUUGUUAGUUGUGGUCCUGGUUCUGCUCCCCCAGGCUGUUGUUUUGGGCAGCUGGAGAGACCUGGCAGGAAUGAGGGAUGAUGUGGAAAUGCCCAAGGAGUCCCAUGGCACACAGCAUGGCUCCCAUGGCUGCACCCUCAAGGAAAGCCACGGUGUUUGUGGCAGGUCCAGCACAUUGUGGCAUGUGGCAGGUCCAGCGUGGGUGCAAUGCUGUGUCAGCUUUCCUUGUUAUUUAUUAUUAGCUUGUUCAAAAGAAAAACCCCAAGAGCAGUGGUUUGUUCUCUCUAUGCCUCUCCUGUGCCUGCUGCUGCUGUUGCUGUGCAAGGAUGUGGGAGCUUGUUUCCUCCGUGGCUGUGGCUAUCUGACCUUUGUUUCCAGACAGAGUUUUCUUCCUUUGUGUGUUAGUUUUUGUAUCAAGGUCAAAGCUCACCUGUUAUCAGCAUGUUUGGGGAGGGAUGGGAAGGAGGCCUGUGCUGACAAGUGGCUGCAGGGUGGCUUGGUGCUUCUGGCUUAUUAUGGACACCUCGUGCUCCCUUGGCUGCCAUUCCCACCACCACACCCUGGGCAGUGCUCCUAAUGCUAUAGCCAGGCUGCAGUUGGCCAUAGGUGGCUGUGCAUGUGGUCAGUGUGGGGCUGUGCUGGCACCUGGGCACAGACACCCACCCAGCUCCCAGGCAGGGUGGCCCUGAGAUUCGUGCCAAAACCCAAGCAGGCCCCAGAGCAGCCUCUGCCUCUUUUGCUGUUGCCCAGUUGGCAGCUGUGGCGUGUCCUGGUUGCCCAA